GGGAGGGGGGGAGGGGGGCCAGUAACACACACCGAUGGUCCUUUGGUACUGACACCCCCAGUCUCCAGGGGAGGCGGCCAAUUGCUGACACCUGCCACCGCCAGACCCUUCCAUCCUGGGUGGGGAGGCAGCGCUGGAGUCGGCCCCCCACACAGGCUGUGAGAGCGGAGCAUGUUGGCCAAGCUGGGGAGCGCCAGAGAGGCUGAGGUGGUGUGCCCAGUGGGGUGCACUAAGGGGCGGCCUGGAGGGCCCCCAGCUCCUCCCAGCCCAGACUCCCUCUCUCCUGCGAGGACCCUCCUGCCUGAGUCUGCACGGCCCACUCCCACUUGCCCUCUGGGCCUCUGUUUCGAGGCCCUCCUUUUCUGGGUGGCCUUCACUGGCCGCCGCCAGAGUCCGGCGCCUCCUUGGGCCCCUGAGACUCCCAGCACCCCCGCACCUAGGCCCUUGGGUAAAAACCAUCCAGCCCCUGGACCGGGAUCCCUCAGGAUCUGCUGAGUCCCGUCCAGUCACCUGCCUCCAGAUUGAGGUUCAAAUCUAGGCUCCCCCCACCCCAACUCCACCCUCCCACCAGGCCCUGUUUCCUCCCCUGAGAUGCAGCGGGGCGGGGCCCACAGUAGGCUCCCACUAUGUUGUGCUCCUUCCCAGCACAGGGCUUAUUGAUCAAAUGAACAAAAGGACAGAGAUACAUGGUGGGUCUUGGAAGAGGAAUCGGCCUGCCCCUCCUGCUUGGGGUGGGGGCAUCAUGGGAUCGGGGCACUGAGGGAGGAACUGGUGGGGACCCCUGGUCACCGGGUCUCAUCUGGGGCACCCCCUGCGCCAGUGGAGCCCCGCUGCCCUCUGACCCGAGUGUGGGGGAUGGCACCCAGCCCUGCCCAGGCAGCCGUGUCAGUCAGCCACCUGGGCACCUGGCCGGCCCUGCCAGGUCUUCCCUGCAGUCCAGGUGAGGGGUGAGUUGUUCGCCACCAAGUGGCAGGACCCACAUGACAAGCAGUCACUGGGGGCCUGAUUCAUAGCUUUCCAGGAAGUGGUUAACGGGAUCCCAGAGCCCGGGGCUUGGUGAGGUCUCCUGGCUGAGUCACGGUGGCCCCUGGAGGAAGGAGCCGUUACUGAGCCUUUCUGGGCAGCCCCCUUCUCCCCAAGGCCCUGGGACCUCGCCAAGACUCCUUAUCCUAGCCUUCAGCUGCUGCAGGCCCAGGCCCCAGGCCCUCCCUUCAGCACCCAAACUGGGGGACUUUUGCAAUGUCAGUGCCACUGGCCUAGACCUCUGGGUCCGGGUUCUGCUCCUCCAGAGGGUAGAUCCGAGGCCCACAGCUGGAGCCAGGGUCCUGAGCUCCCAAACCAGAUCCCUGAAUCCACUGCUCCAGGGCAGAGGGAGGGGUCUCAGCUAGAGCCCCCAGUCCCCUUAACGGCUCAUUUCCUCCCAGCAGUCCCACCCCUCCUGUGACCUAUAGCCUGGGGUGGCAGGGACUGAACCACUCACUCAGUUGGGGGACUGGUCCAACAGCAUUCCACCUCCCAGGAUAAAACCUCGGGUGACCUGUAGGGAACUCCACACACCCCGUCACAGGCAGGACUGCUCUCCCAGCCGUGCGCCUGUGCCCCUGCUGGCCAUGGUAGUUUCCAGAGCUCCCCCAGCCCUGGGUGGGGGCAGUCUCAGGAUCUUAACCCCACUGCUGCUUCUGGCUUCUGCAGCUUCCCUCCAUGCUGCCAGGAUACCUGCUCCCCCGACCUGUGGGAAGCCGCAGCAGCUGAACCGGAUCGUGGGUGGCGAGGACAGCAGCGAUGCCGAGUGGCCCUGGGUCGUGAGCAUCCAGAAGAACGGGACCCACCACUGUGCGGGCUCGCUGCUCACCAGCCGCUGGGUGGUCACUGCCGCCCACUGCUUCAAGGGCAAUCUGAACAACCCAUCCCAGUUCUCUGUGCUGCUAGGGGCCUGGCGGCUGGGGAACCCUGGCCCGAGGUCCCAGGAGGUGGGUAUCGCCUGGGUUCGGUCCCACCCCGUGUACUCCUGGAGAGAGGGAUCCCGUGCGGACAUCGCCCUGGUGCGCCUGGAGCACUCCAUCCGCUUCUCUGAGCGAGUCCUGCCCAUCUGCCUGCCUGAUUCCUCCGUCCACCUCUCUCCGAACACACGCUGCUGGAUCGCAGGCUGGGGGAGCAUCAGUGAUGGAGUGCCCCUGCCCCAUCCCCAGACCCUGCAGAAACUGGAGGUUCCCAUCAUCGACUCAGAAAUCUGCGGCCGCCUGUACUGGAGGGGAGCAGGGCAGGGUGCCAUCACUGAGGACAUGCUGUGUGCGGGCUACCUGGAGGGGCAGCGAGAUGCCUGUCUGGGUGACUCCGGAGGCCCCCUCAUGUGCCAGGUGGAGGGCACCUGGCUGCUGGCGGGCAUCAUCAGCUGGGGUGAGGGCUGCGCAGAGCGCGACCGGCCUGGCGUCUACAUCAGCCUGGCUGCCCACCGCUCCUGGGUGAUGCGGAUCGUGCAGGGGGUGCAGCUCCGCGGGCACUCGCAGGGGAGCAGGCCCUCCCUUGGCCUUGUGCCUUAGGAUCCAGGGAGAUGGGCGGCCGCCAUUGUAAGUGAGCCACCUGCCUCCGGGGGGCGCCUACGUACUGGCACAGCUGCCUCUGCAGCGGGGUGGGGGGCCCUGCCCCACCCGCGGGAGCACCUUUCUAUGUGUAUAUAUGUUAAUGAUUUUUACAGUUAUUUGUAGCCCUGCCCGUAUAUCUUAUUUAUUCUAAUUUCAAUAAAUUAUUUAUUGCCCUG